CAAAACACACCAGCCUGAUGAGAGAGAGGGUCUGAGCACACGCACCGAGUUAUCUGUAGCACCAGAGGUUCAGUGGCACCGCCGCACAUGUGAACUUUGUGCCAGGAGGAAAAAAAAGAUUCAGAGGGGCAUUUAGUAAUUUCACCCGCGCCUGAAUGAUGACCGCCAAAACUUUGGAGAAGACUCCUGUCACCCUGGGAGGCUUUGUUUACCCCCUGUCAGAGGGUAUCUACUCAGUGGACGAGAUCACUGCCAGUUCGCUGCCAGGCUCGGUCACCAUAUUUCCACACGGUGACCUAGGAGGACAUUACGAACCGAUAAACGGAAUUUCAGGAGAUGGCUUGGUUGGCGGUGAUAUGAGCGUGGAGAAGCGCUCCAUCGACCUGCCCUAUAGCAGCUUUGCGCAACCGGCGGCUCCACGCAGUCAGACGUUUACCUACAUGGGAAAGUUUUCGAUCGACUCCCAGUACCCGGCCAACUGGAACCCAGAGGGCGUGAUCAACAUCGUGAGCGCGGGCAUCCUGGGCAUGACCCAGGCCUCUUCGGCGUCCUCGUCUCCAUCCUCCUCCUCGUCGGUGUCUCCGACUCACUUCUCCAGCACGCUCAGCUGCUCAGUGGCGCAGGGCCAGGCAGACAUGGACCAGCAGCACAUCUACUCUCCUCCACCACCCUACUCAGGAUGCCCUGAGGUCUACCAGGACCCGUCCGCCUUCCUGUCAACAUCCACCUGCCCGAUCUCCUCGUACCCGCCGCCAGCCUACUGCUCCCCUAAGCCUAGCGCCGACGCAGGGCUUUUCCCAAUCCUCCCGGACUACACGGGCUUCUUCCAGCCACCGUGCCAGCGUGAUAUGCAGUCCAUGCAAGAGCGCAAACCUUUUGCGUGCCCGCUUGACCCGUUCCGCGUACCGCCACCCCUCACGCCCCUAAACACCAUCAGGAACUUUACUCUGGGUGCGCCGGUGGCCGAGGGAGCGCGUUUGCCCGCCGCAUACAGCCCACCUAAUCUGCCACUCAGGCCCAUCCUGCGACCGAGGAAAUACCCCAACAGGCCGAGCAAGACUCCCGUGCACGAACGGCCGUAUCCAUGCCCGGCAGAGGGCUGCGACCGGCGCUUCUCAAGGUCUGACGAGCUGACCAGGCACAUCCGCAUCCACACGGGACACAAGCCCUUCCAGUGCCGCAUCUGCAUGAGGAACUUCAGCCGCAGCGACCACCUAACCACGCACAUCCGCACGCACACCGGGGAGAAACCGUUCGCGUGUGAUUUCUGCGGUCGCAAGUUCGCUCGCAGCGACGAGAGAAAGAGGCACACCAAGAUCCACCUGAGGCAGAAGGAGAGAAAAGCCACGACGUCGUCUUCGGCAUCUGUGUCCGCCGCUGGCUUAAACUCCUCGUCGGGAAUAAGCCAAUAAGGACGCAGCGUUCGAGCAACACUAGGCGACAGUCGCGAUGGUAACGCGCAUCCUCAGCACCAAAUACGCACCUGCAUUACUGAGUGUGAGGAUAACUCUUAUAAAGAGAGAGCGUAUUAGUGUCCGAAUUGGCCCGUAUUCACACUUAAGGUGUCAGUCCACGUCUGUAGGUGUUAAAUCUGAUCAGAACUGAAAACUGAAAACCACCAGCCAAAGGAUGAGAGACACUAACUAACUGUGCGCGUCCUGGAUGGGCACGUUUCCCCUGUCGCGUAUUGAUGCACUUUGUUUGUAUAUUUAGGUGAAAUAAUUUAAUGAAAUAACAAUGAAAAGGCAUGUGGGACUGAUUGUAAUUGUACUGACAAUGUGAAAUUCUGGGCGUCAGGCUCAGAUGAAAGUUUGUGUUUGGACGUUAAAAGGUUGCAAUAACUCACAACUGAUUCUAACGUGUUUUGCUGAGCUGCGUCUAACUGCAUCUUUUAUUGUGCCUUCGUCCGUUCCGUGUACAUACCAGAAGGCUUCUAAACAAGCUGUACAGUUCCUUUAAUAAGAAAGUUUUUCAAAGAAUAUAUUUUUGUACAAACUGUUCGGUGUCAGCUGUUCCAUUGUGGUUAAAAAUUAUAUGUAAAUAAUUGAACUCAUUGUUUUGUGGAUGUGAAAUGUAAUUGUAAACGAAUUAACCAACAGUGGUUAGUAACU